AUGCGGACGCUGAGAUGGUUCCUGUUUCUGCCUCUGUGCAUCUCUUGCACCUGCGCCUUCAUAUUUUCUCCGCUGAGGGAGAAAGCCAAAGAAAGCCCAGGGAAGGUGCCUUGUGGAGGACAUUUCCGGGUUAGACAGAAUCUUCCAGAGCACUCCCAAAGCUGGCUUGGGAGCAAAUGGCUCUGGCUUUUCUUCGUCAUUAUGAUAUAUGUGGUGCUGAAAUUUCGAGGAGACAGCGAGAAGGAUAAGGAACAGAAUCCUACUGGCCUUCGAAGCUGUCAAUUUCGCUCUCCACCGAAGAAAAAUCAAAGUAUUUCCCCCAGCAAAGAUUUUACUUUCAAUACUUUAACCCAGCUUGAGAUAGAACUGGUGAAAUUUGUGUCCAAGGUGCGGAAUCUUAAAGUCUCCAUGGCAGCCAGCAGUAGCUCCAGGCAGGCAGAGAUAUCCAUGGACCCACGCAAUAACGUCACGAUAUAUGAGAUAUGGGGAGAGGAGGACUCUGAGUGA